AUGGCGUGUAGCGGUGUUCAAGGUCGGUUGUCCUCUGUUUUCACCGAUGGGAGCACAGCGCUUUCUUCUGAAAAUUCAUCCGAAGAUAAACUCAGCGAUCAACUUACCGAUUCGGGUACGACCGAUACGGCCUCAGAGACCUCCGUCCAUGAUCAAGAUUCGUUGAUCUCCGACUGCGAAAGUGUCGUAGAUUCGGGUUCCAGUUCUGCGCAAUCGCGGAUGUUCAAUGACGGGUUGGUCGCACUUUUCGACGGGGACAGAGUUCACGAUCUCAUCAAGCAGAGGUUUGUUUCAAGUUUGGGUUUGCUUGGACCGCACGCCAACGUUGUGGCCAUUCAUAGAAACUCCUAUUCUAGCCUUGUGGGGCAAGCAAGGCUGCGUUCGUUCCAAAUUUACUUGAAAGCCGUGGAGGAGAAAUGCGGUGGCAAUCCCAAUGUGAAAUAUGCUUGGUAUGCACCUUCUUCUAAGGAUGAGAUUUCUAAUAUCAUCUGCCAUGGUUUUGGUCACCAUGAGAAGCCUCAGAAAGAUGGGUUAUACGGCAGUGGCGUCUACCUUGCUCCUGAUGAUUCUCCUAUGACAUGUGUGGAAGGCUCCAAUGUUGAUGAAGACGGUCUGCGACAUCUUUUGCUCUGCCGUGUUAUAUUGGGGAGGCCGGAGGUUGUGCAUCCUGGUUCUGAACAGUAUCAUCCAAGUUCCGAAGAGUUCGAUUCGGGUGUGGACAAUCCUAUUGCUCCGAAGAAGUAUAUAGUAUGGAGCACCUACAUGAACACUCACAUCUUGCCAGAAUAUGUCAUCAGCUUCAGAGCUCCUACUUGCUUGAAAGGGUUCUUAAAGACUCAAGAAUCAAUUAAGAAACCAACUUCACCUUGGAUGCCAUUGCCAGCUCUAAUUGGUGUACUUUCAAAGUUUUUGCCUCCACCUACCAUUGCUCUGAUCAGCAAGCAUUACAAAGAUCACAGGGAGAACAAAAUCUCAAGGCAUGAACUAAUACAAAGAGUGAGACAAAUAGCAGGAGACAAGUUACUGGCUUCAAUCAUCAAAUCUUUCAGAUCCAAGCAAAUCAAAGGUUUGCAAAGGGUUGCUCAAAAUGGAGAGAGAAAUGGGAAGGAAUUCAAAAAUAACACAGGCGGUGUAGAUGAGCAACCUAUUCCUUUGUUGGGAUGA